ACACCCACAGCCAUAAGACACUCAACCACACACCCUCUUCCACCUCACAGCAUCAAUGCUUCAAAUCUGAUCACAACCCUCCUGUUUACCCCAGACAAUCAGCCCUUAUGAACGGGCGCCCGUCAGAGUUUACCUCUCAGGACUAUCUCUCAGACCAUCUGUGGAGGUCUCUCACAGCUUGAAGCUGCUCUACUGCCAACCUGCCCUGAACAUCUACCACCUGAAACCUAAACGACAUGUUCUCUCGCGUCUUCGUCGCCGCCGCCGGUAAGCCUUCGGCCACCGGUGCCGCAGGCAUGGCGCUCCGUUUCCGCCCCUUUGUGGGCCAGGCUCGAUUCGCGAGCAAGCAGGCAUUUGCUGGCAGCAAGGGAAGGGAGAUGCCGAUCCGCAGGUCUCGGGCUACGGCUCCUGUGGACGGCCUCGAUGCCACCUUCACUAUCCGGGAUGGUCCCGUCUUCCAUGGCACUGCUUUUGGCGCCAACUCCAACAUCUCCGGAGAGGCCGUCUUUACCACCUCCCUGGUCGGUUACCCUGAAUCUAUGACCGAUCCCUCAUAUCGUGGCCAAAUCUUGGUCUUCACCCAGCCUCUCAUCGGCAACUACGGUGUCCCCUCGAAUGUCCGCGACAAGUACAACCUUUUGCAGUACUUCGAGUCCCCUCACAUCCAGUGCGCUGGAAUUGUUGUGUCGGAUGUGGCUAAGAAAUACAGCCAUUGGACUGCUGUGGAGAGCUUGGGCGACUGGUGCGCGAGGGAGGGAGUGCCCGCCAUUUCCGGUGUCGACACUCGUGCUAUUGUCACACAUCUUCGGGAGCAGGGCUCCUCUCUGGCAAGGAUCUCCAUUGGUGACGAGUACGAUGCCGACGAGGACGAAAGCUUCACCGACCCCGGCCAGAUCAACCUCGUGAAGAAGGUGAGCACCAAGGCGCCCUUUGUCGUCUCAGCACCCAACUCCACCUUCCACGUGGCUUUGAUCGACUGCGGAGUGAAGGAGAACAUCCUGCGCAGCCUGAUCAGUCGAGGAGCGACUGUGACGGUUCUGCCGUACAACUACCCGGUCCACAAGGUCGCAGACGAGGUGGAUGGCGUCUUCAUCUCCAACGGCCCAGGUGACCCGACUCACUGCCAGGAUACCAUCUACAACCUCGCUCGGUUGAUCGAGACUUCGUCAGUUCCGAUCAUGGGAAUCUGCCUGGGUCACCAACUGCUGGCCCUGGCCACGGGUGCUCGCACGAUCAAGAUGAAGUACGGCAACCGUGCACACAACAUUCCGGCUCUGGAUUUGACUACGGGUCAAUGCCAUAUCACGAGCCAGAACCACGGCUACGCUGUCGACACCAGCACACUGCACCCUGACUUCAAGGAGUACUUUGUCAAUCUGAACGACGGGAGUAAUGAGGGGAUGAUGCACAAGACUCGACCGAUUUUCUCAACGCAGUUCCAUCCUGAGGCUAAGGGCGGUCCCAUGGACAGCUCGUACCUCUUUGAUCGGUACCUCCAGGACGUGAAGACGUUCAAGGAUAGCCAGAAGGUGUACAAGGACAACCGGCCAUCUGGUCUUCUCCUGGAGCUCUUGUCCAAGGAGCGUGUUGGAGUUGAGCCGGCCUUUUUCAACGAGGCCACUGCCGCUUAGGAGAAAUCAAAGCGAGUUUAACAGCAUCGGGAGCUGGAACUGGAGCCGAGACUUGGCACAGUAGGAAGCUCAAGAAUGUGAGAAGACCUUUGGGGAAGAGAUGCAGCAAGUGAAGGUCGAAAAUUUUGAUUUCAGUGGCCUCUUUUCUUUAGCGAACACAGUGAUGAUAGUUUAGCAUACGAUAAUGCAACCAGUGCUUUGAGUCACUCGC